UCUCAAACAUAUCAAUACAAUCGAAUUUUGUAAAUAUCAACGUGUUUUGCAAAUCUCCGUACAAGUUGCUAAAAAGCUGAAAGAUAUAAACAGUCUCAAACGAAAGUUAACAUGUGCAGUAAAGUUAGAGUUGAACUAUCACGCGGAGAACAAGAUUGGACAGAAGUCAGGGAAUGCCUUGUUCGAGCUUUUCAUCAUUAUUCUCUGUAUAAAUACUUAAUACCUAAUGAACAAACAAGACCAGAAUUUUUAAGAAGAUAUUUAGAAGCAAUAUAUGACGUCACUAUACGUAAUGGAAACUCAAUACUUUUAGUUGGAAGAUUAUCUGACAAUAACACAGUUAUAGGAGGAGCUAUGGUUGUUCCUCCAUCUCAAGAUCAUGGAGGAUGGGAAUGUGAAAAAGCUGACGAUUUUUACGAAGCAUAUGAAAAAUAUAAAUUGAAAGAAAUCGACCUGGAAGCAUUUGAAAGAAUGGAGAAAUAUGAAGAAUGGGAAUAUGAAAAUAUAUCAAAACAUGUUUGUUCAACUAAAGUACCGUUAUGGAAUGGAAUAUUCUGUGCUGUUGAUCCCAAGUAUGCAGGAAGAGGAUGUGGGAGUAUGAGUUACAAUGAAUGUUUGAAAAUAAUAAAUAAUUUUCGAAAAAUCAAGAUGACCGAAGCGAAGAAAAUGGAAAAUCAAUCCAAAAUAAAUAUUCGAAAAACUGCCCAAAAAUUACUUGGGUAUUACAAAAAUCAAAUUAAUUUCAAAACUCUGACGGCAUUUUUUCAUAGUCUGUCGAUACUAUCACAUCGUUCACCACCAAUUCAGAGUGUUUCCGUCAACAACACCACAGUAGAAAGCGAAAAUACUGAAAUCCAAUUAAAAAAAUCUUCGAAGAGAUUGACAGAUUUUAAAAAGUCACCGAUGCUUUUUAUGAUUAGUCACAGUAGACAAGCAGUUCGAUUUCACCAAAAGAAUGGUUUUCAGUCAGUGGCCGACAUUCCCUACUACGGUAAAAACACAUCGAUUGAUGAAGAAAAAUCUCUAUUCAACGUUAACGUAUUGAUGAUGGAUCCUUUGGACGCCGAUAGAAUUACUGACUUUACGCAAAAAUUAAAUUGCGCAAUGCCGGGAAAACAAAAAAUGCAAUUCGGAAUUAGUACUCAGACAACAUUUUCACCAGAGGCAGAACAACCACAGCUGAAACACAAUUUCGAUAAACCUUGUUUGAUAAAUAAAUAUGAUUGUCCUAACAUCAUUAGAAAUAGAGGGUGAAUAUUAUUAUAUCAAAGUUUUCAUUUUCCGAGUUGCAAUAAGUUCGUCUGCGAUAGACAAUUUUCAAUAAGUAGUUUUGUAUUGAAUAAUAUUAAUCCACUCUGCCGAAAUGUGAAUUGUUAAAUUGUUGUAAAUACAUCGAAAUGUUUUAGGUUUUGAGAAAAUAUCACACGGAACAAUUUCGUUAUACUUAUUACGUUUGUUAAAUUAUUAACGACAUUCCAAAACUACCAAAUCACAGCAAAAUUAAAACAGUUAUCUAUCACUGCUAUUCUACAUUCCUUAUUUUAUUCAAAUGGA